GCGCGGGUCCCGCUCGGAGCGGGGCGGCCGCGGCCGCGCGGGGAGCGCCGCGUCUCGCACGCCCUCCCGCGGGCCUCCCGGGAGCCCCCCGCGGGGCUGCGGGCCGCGGGCGCGGCGUGCGGAACCCCCGGGACCCGCCGGGUGCAAGGCCCCGUUGUUGGGCCUGGCGGGGGGAUGGGAGGCGGCCGAGGGGGAGCUGGAGGGGACGGACAGGACGGCGCAGAGAAGGCCAGAAGGCAGGCGGAGACAUGGCGACGGGGGCAGAUGUACGGGACAUCCUGGAGCUGGGAGGCGUGGAGUCAGAGAACACGGGCACCAUCAACAAAAAGGACAUCAUCAACUCGGAUAAGAAAAAAUCCAAGAAAUCCUCAGAGACAUUGACGUUUAAGAGGCCAGAAGGAAUGCACCGAGAAGUUUAUGCACUUCUCUAUUCUGACAAAAAGGAUGCACCUCCGCUGCUGCCAAGUGAUACAACUCAGGGUUAUCGAACAGUCAAGGCAAAACUGGGCUCCAAGAAGGUCCGGCCUUGGAAGUGGAUGCCUUUCACCAACCCAGCGAGGAAAGAUGGAGCCAUGUUCUACCACUGGAGGAGGGCAGCAGAGGAAGGGAAGGAUUACCCUUUUGCCAGAUUUAAUAAAACAGUGCAGGUUCCUGUCUACUCGGAGCAGGAGUACCAGAUGUAUCUCCACGACGACGCGUGGACCAAAGCUGAGACAGACCAUCUCUUCGACCUGGCUCGGCGCUUUGAUCUGCGCUUUGUAGUCAUUCACGACCGCUACGAUCACCAGCAGUUCAAGAAAAGGUCAGUGGAGGAUCUGAAGGAACGGUAUUACCACAUUUGUGCCAAGCUGGCAAACAUUCGUGCAGCUCCGGGCACAGACCUAAAAAUCCCAGUCUUUGAUGCUGGCCAUGAGAGACGAAGGAAGGAACAGCUGGAAAGGCUUUACAAUAGGACACCAGAGCAGGUGGCAGAAGAAGAAUACCUCAUCCAGGAGCUCCGUAAAAUUGAAACCAGGAAGAAAGAGAGAGAAAAGAGAACCCAAGACCUGCAGAAGCUCAUCACAGCUGCUGACACCACCACUGAGCAGAGGCGUGCUGAGCGCAAGGCCCCCAAGAAGAAGCUGCCACAGAAGAAGGAGACAGAGAAGCCUGCUGUUCCUGAGACUGCUGGCAUCAAGUUUCCUGACUUCAAAUCUGCAGGUGUCACGCUGCGGAGCCAGAGGAUGAAACUGCCAAGCUCGGUGGGACAGAAGAAGAUUAAAGCCCUGGAGCAGAUGCUGAUGGAACUCGGAGUAGAUCUUAACCCUAUGCCUACAGAGGAGAUUGUACAGAUGUUCAACGAACUGCGGAGCGACCUGGUGCUGCUGUACGAGCUGAAACAAGCCUUUGCCAACUGCGAGUAUGAGCUGCAGAUGUUACGGCACCGCUACGAGGCCCUGGCCAAAGCUGGGAGCAUCGGCCCCCUCAGCGUGGAAGGUGCCCAUCCAGAUGGCCAGACAGGGCUCGGCAUCGAGGAGGGCAAGGGAGAUACCAAGGACCAGAUCAUUGAUGUAGUAGGAGCACCACUGACCCCCAACUCGGUGAGAAGGAAGGUCGGGGGGGCAGAACAGGGCGCACUCAGGUCUCCGACGCAGAUGCCCUGACAAGCACUGGGGAUGCUGCCCUGCUCUCCUUCCAGGCAUGCGCGUCCGAGGGAGCAGAACACGCCUGUUCCCCCCCAAGUCCCAGUGCUGCUCUCUGGGCUUGUCUCCUGUGCUGGACAGUGUUCUUGGUGCUACAGGUGGGGUCAGCAGGGCUUUCUACAUCCUGCAUGCAGGCAGAUGGCUUGGUGUGGGUGCCACUGUGGACCAAAGCGGUGAGGCUUUGGGUGAUGAGAGCUUGUUCUAAGGCAGCAACGGUACAGCUGCAAACCUGAGGCAUUUUCCCUCUAGACACAGCCUCUUGAAGGUUGCUCAGCAGAGGGAAGCAGGUGGGGAAAGCAGUCUUCAGGUGAUGAGACAUGACCUGCCUGAGACCCUGGAGUCAAGCAGUAGCCCUGCCUGGAGCAGGAGGCUUGGGAAGGACAGAGGUGUUUGAAGAGCAAAGGAGGGUUUUUAUACCCUAUUUCCAGUGCCAAGAAAGAAAAGCCUGGCCUAGGGCUUCUUCCAGUGCCGAGCCCUGUGGCAAUGUCCUGUGCAUGUACCUCUGCAGGAUGUGAAUCACCGGCCUCUCCUCCCUGCCUCCAGGAGGGCAGGUUGCCCAGCCCCUCACCACUGCCUCAGGGCCAAGGGUAAACCUGGGGAUCAGCUGAGGCUGCUUUCCCCCUCUGUGCAGUCCCCUGGCACAGCUGAGCUGAACUGCCUGAUGAAAGCUGCCCAUCUCCACACCGUGGCAUCCCCGACGCCUCCGACGCACUGCCCCUGGUAGCGGCACAGACCUUUACUUUCUAAAAUGUAUAAUGUAUUGCAGGAUAUUGAGAACACCUUAUCUGUCAACGGCAGAGGCGACACGUUAACCUGGACUUGAGUAAUGUCCUAUUUGAUUGUGACAAUGUUGAGUCGUAAGGAAGAGUUCCACUGAGACAGGUUCAUGUUUGUAAAGGAGUCUUUUGAAUUAUUUUUUUUCCCUACUGCAUUCAAUCUGGAAUCUCACCCCUCCCUCCCUGCGGUCUGGAGUGUCCUGGUUUGCAAACUUUUUGGGCUGAUUUACAGUACAGUUGGUCUCCCUUGAGCACUGGCUUGUUGGGAAGGUGGGAGAGAUGGUGGUGGUGGCCAUACCUGUAGGAGGAGGGAGCCCAUAUGUGUGUUUUGGACCACAUUGUUCCUCAGUGCCACCUCCUGGAAUUGGAAACAAAGGCAUGGGCCCAGGCAGCACAGAGAGGGUUAAACUGACCUGGUCUCUGACAUAUUUGAAAGAAAUAUAAUCAAGUUAAUUCACUGCAAGGCAAAUUCAGUACCUAAAGGGCCCCCAUGUUAAAUACAGCACUGACCUUUACCGGCUGAUUACACAAAGACGACACAAUUAGAUUAGUCCAAGACAAAAGGUCAAGCACAUUCACACUGUGACCAUUUUUUGCUACCUUUUGGGGGGGGGCGGAAAUUACAUCCCAGCUGGAGGGGUAUUUUGGAGAGGAAGAGAAUGGGGCUGCUGUACCAUGUUCUGCCUGGUUCAGAUACGUUUGGAGAGUCAGGCAGGGCCUGGCAAUGUGCUUGCCCUGAGCCUUUCUAUGGUUGUUGGGCUAUGUGGUGGUGGGAGAGAGAGAUCAGCACCCUGCAGCCCACAGCCAGCUUUUCCCAAGACAGGCUGAGCUGAGUAGAGGUUAUGUCCUGGAGAUCCUCCCUGCCCUGCCCAGAGCUGGCAGAUGUAGCUCCGGUGCCUCUUGUCCAGCAUCAUGACUGAAAUUUGCCUCUGGAAGAUGGUUGGGCUUGGUCAGCACUGAGAAGGGGGAUGGCUGGUGGGUGCAUGCAUGUGUCCCCACCCUGCACAGCGAUGGCCCCAAGGUGUCCCAGGCCGUGGUGGGGACAGCAGGGCCAGGACAUGGUGCUGAGGAAGCAGCCUGUGGAAGCAUGGUGCUUUUUGAUGGCCAUUCCUUCCCUUCCUCCUGCAGCCAUGGGUGCUUUGCCAUGAUACAUGCCCUUGUCCUGCUGCAGUGGUUUAACCCUGCCACGCCAGCCUUGAACUCCCAAGUUCAAGCAUGUGCUUUGCCACUGAGCUGCCAGGGCCUUUGGGGGAAUCAUUUAAUCUCCCUCCUUCAAAUUCCUCUGAGUUGGAGAAUCCCUUUGUGCUGUCUAGCACUGCCUGUCCAUGGCACUCUACAUGUUGGAUUAAGCAUGGAUUAGUUCAGCCUCCAAACCAGCUGCUCUCCUGAAGCCAGAUCUGUUUCCCUGGAGAGAAGUAUCUUGCUCCAGAUGUUGGAGGGAGUGAGUGGCAAAGCCAGGAAUAGGACUAGGAGUCCUGACUCCUGAGCACUGCCUGGCAUGUCUGGAUUCCUUUCCAGGAAUUGGAAUGAAUGGGCAAAGGCACACCAGGAUCUUUUGAGAUGCUGGUUUUGUCAGCAGCUGUCUGCCACCAGCCCGCUUGGCCAGCAGUGGGGAUGGGGAACCUGUCAGCAGGGUGUGUUAGCCAGGCUGGGAGAGGCAUCUGUCUCAGAGCCCGUGGGGCAGUGGGAAGCCUGGUGCUGUCCUGCCCUGCUUUGUCCACCACUUUUCUCCUACUCUGGUACCUGUCCACGCUCUCCCAGGGACUGCAGUGCCCAUUGCUGACCAUUAAAGCUGAGCUGGGAUCCCCCUGGUGCUGUUUGAGGCUGACCCCGGUAGGGACUUUGCUCGGGGCCUUUGGGAGGUGAAAGGUGAGCCGAACUCGGAACAAAUUAGUUCCAAGCAGAAGUUCAGCCAGUUACUCCAGAUUGGAUCCUUUGAUUUCCGCAACUCAGACUCCACUCAGUGAUCUGUAAUGAGUGACUCUCAGAAAUCCUCACAUUGCAGCACUUUGUUCCUGAGCUCACAAGUCAGCCCAUUAAUGGGUAAAGGAAAGGACCUUGAGUCUAAGAAGUCUCGGGUUCAGAGUCAGAAUUAUUUGACUUUUAAGCUUCCUUUAUCUGAACUCCUGCUGACUUCUUGUUUUCUGAGCCUGUUUGAAAGCUAGAAGUUACAUUGUUAAGAUCAAACAUUCUCUCUUUCCAGAUGGAGUUACAAUAUCUGUCUUUUAUAUAUAUAUAUUUUAAUAUAUAUAGUGUAUAUAUACCAGGGUGUAUAUAUAUUCUUCUCUUUUUUUUAAUCGUUCUUUCCAUUAAAAGAAACUAGACUUGUAAGCUCUUGUAAAUUAUAAUGUAAAACAUUUUUUUUAACCAGACAGUUCCCAAUUUUGCCCGAGGCAACUGGAAUAGCUGUGCCACGGAAGGCAAUAGGAAGGUGAUUAAUAUGAAUUUGUGACAUAUUUGAAAGAUGGGUCUUUUGCCAUAUAAAGAUUAUCAAACACA